AUGGAUCCAUCGCAGGCGCAAAGCCCGCCCUCGUCGCGGCUCUCUGCGAUGGUCUUGAACAGCUCGCCGUCAGUGCAGCUGGCUGCGAUGGCCCUGAACAGCCCGCCCGUUCGGCAGGCUCCGCGUGAUGCACCUACUGAUCCUACUAGUGCUCCUGGUAGGGUUUCUUCUUCCUACACCUCUUUGUUUGGCGGCACCUCCUCCCCUAGGACUCCUCACUUGGCUGAAAGCCCUUCCCCCGCUCGGGGCCUUCCCAACACGCCUUCCCCGCUCGACGGGCAUCCAUCCGUAAACUUGAAUCAUUCUCCUUCGCGGACUCCUAAUAACGUGCAGUCUGGUGAAACUUCUAGCGACUUUCGGUACUUGGCACGGGAGCCAUCGCUCCCGUAUGAAGCCUGGGAAACAGUCUUCUAUGCCACGCUUACUAGUUUCUCACAUGAGGAAUAUGACUUCAUUUAUGGCGAUGUCCUCGAACACCCGGCGACAAAAAAGACCCUUUCGACCUUGAGACUGGUUAACCAAAUCUGGAACAGGAUUGCAACUCCUCUCCUCUUUAGGAACAUCCAGGCAGUCGUCGGAUACUCUGCUGGUCGACCUCUCGAUAGCAUCCUGAAGAUUUCUGAAAGCCCAUACUCCGUUUAUGUACGCGACGUGCGUUUUGGUUUCGUAGGAUCAUGGCUGCCCGGACUGGAUUAUGAUCGAUACAUCGACGACCUGGCAGCAGGAGCUCUUCCAAUCUUGAUCAGUCGUUUCCAAAACAUCCAAACAUUCCGAUUGCAAACCCCCAGUGUGGUGGACACAUUCAGUGAAGAAGGACAACUCAAGCCGCCGAUGCUUGCCAAGCUGACAAACUCCCUUGUAAACACUUUACGCUUUGUGCCUAUCCCGAGACUGAAGUGUCUCCAUAUGUCUAUGCCAACCACCGCGGAAUUUGCUCGUUUCUUCGAGUCGGACAGCUACGCCAGGGACUUCACCAACAUUUUCGCUCAGAUCGAAGAGCUACACAUCACUAUUAAUGACAGCACUGGCCCCGAUGGCAGAAGAGACCCGAAAUGGCCCCGCUCGGUGAUCAAAACCAAGUAUCCACCCGAUCGAUUUGCCCCCUAUCUCGUUCAGCUCAUCUCCUAUGCGAAACGGAUCAAGGUUUUUAGCCUGGAUGCCCGUACCUGGUUUGAUGUGUCUGAUCUGGAAGCAGAGAGCUUCACUAAACUGGAAAGCUUCCGGCUUGAAGGUGUGAGGAUCAACGAUGAAACCCUCAAGAAGAUUUUCAUACAAGCUCACGAUGCGUUGCGUCGCGUUGAGUUGAUCCACAUUCGGCUCAUGACGGGUACCUGGGAGGGUGUUUUUGAUGGUCAUAUAUCACUUCCUCCUUGGAACCUCAUUUGGCUUCGUGUUGAAGGAUGUGGCUACUCGAUGACUGGUGCCAGUGCCCGGCACAGCGGUUAUUCAUUCUCGCAAUACCCAACAGCACUCUGGACCAUUCAUGGCCGGGAUUGGUUAGCUCUUACAAACUGGAGAUCAUUGGUGAAUAGAGCCCGUUUCCGCAAGGGAUUGCCUAGAUGUCCGUAUUGCCUUUUCACACCGUUUAACCAACCCACAACCCCUAAUUAG